GAUAGAAUGUGAUGCUAAGGAGAAAAUGCCAUUAACUGAUUGACGGUUAAAACAUCAUAUUUUAUUGCGUACACGUGUAGGUAUUUGAGAGAGAUUUUGAAGUUAGAACGGUACUUAAAGUUGUCUGAGGGCAGAAAGCACGGGAAGGCGGAUGUGGACGAGUUGGGUGUUAGAAAGCUGACUUCCUCUUAAAUGUGUGAAACGGUCUAAACACACACACACAUGCGCUCGCACAAUUGUUUUAUAUAGGUAUAAAUGAGAAGGGAACAUGCUUAUUUUAGUGAGAUUGGUGAAUGUAUUAUUUAACUGUUCCUAUAACCCGUUUUAAGGGUGUCGCCAGUAAAUUCCCACGCUUGCUCAAUCCCUUUGCAGCUCGUGACGCAAAUUAACUCGAAGGAAAACUUAGGCUCUUAGGAAAACACUAGACUCAUAAACCCCAGCCAGUUACUUCGAUUAAAAAUAACUCCUCGUUAAAAACAAAGACAGGCGUCUGUUUGAUCAACGGAACUCAAAGAGAACACCGGCAGGAGAUAAAGCUCGUCUUUCGAGUGAGUCAUUUUACGUGACUCUUUUGAACCGGUUCGCAUAUCACUCGAUAAACACCAGAAACUAAACUAACUCUGUAUAAUAUUUAAUAUGUAAAACACUGAAAAAUGUAAAUCAGAAUGUAUCACACGUGUAUUGGGGGAUGACCGAACGAGGGAAUUUGUAUGAGGUGAACUGGUUGGUUGUAAAGAAUCACUCGAGCCGGUUCGCUAGAACGAAACUCACCUAGCUAGUGCUCCGACAUGAGCGAGCAGAAAGUUUGAGUGAGCGAGCGGAGGACAUGGGAGGAGUUGACUGCUCCUAAAAACACCCCGAGCACCGUUGUUGUCUCUGACAUGUCACAUUUACUGUAACACCGACCCAGUGCUGUUGGAAUCAAAACAAGCGUGUCUCCACUAUGGUUGCUAGCGACACUGUCACUCUAUUGACAGACACGGGCAGGAGACUCGUUUAGGUUUGUCCUUCGUCGCUACCGAAAACUUUAACGCCCUGUUUGGGAUUUAUCUGGCACAUUUGGAGACUCGUAGCGACUGCCUAGAUGGAAGAAGAGCCGCUACUGACUGGCAGCAUUAACCGGGGUCCAGGAGAUUAUGGAUCUCAUGAUAAUGGUGACCAUGAUAAACAUGAAGAAUCACCAGGAUCAAGACGACCGUCCUAUUCAGCGACCGACGAUUCUUACCCCGUGCACGAGGAUGCAGAUGCAGAGCUCUAUAUCCAACAAGCAGUUGUAUUUAUUGAAGAUGCAAUUCAGUAUCGAUCCAUCAAUCACAGGGUUGAUUCUUGGUCCUUGUGGUUAUAUAGAUGGUACUAUUCCAAAAUUUGUCAGUGGGGUCUGGGGUUCACUAUUGCUGUUGUCCUGGGACUGGCCUUCAUUGAGAGACCUUCCUCUCUGACCUACACCUCGGAUAUUCGCUUCAAACCCAAGCCAUGGGAGCCACCUUGUGGACUGACGGAGGGCAUUGAGAUGGUCUGCCUCUGUGUCUUCAUCCUAGACAUCACUGUGAAGAGUUAUCUGAUAGGAUGGGAGGAGUUUCGUACGAACAAAUGGCUGAUUGGUUAUGUAGUAGUGAUUGCAGCAUCAGUUAUUGAUUGGAUGUUGAGUAUUAGCAUGAUGUGCAGCGAGACUUUAAGAGUUAGGAGGCUAAUUCGCCCAUUUUUCCUCUUGCAAAACUCUUCCCUCAUGAAGAAAACUUUAAAAUGCAUCAAAAGGACUCUUCCAGAAAUAGCAAGUGUUAUUCUGCUUCUGGCGCUGCACAUCUGCUUAUUCACCAUGAUAGGAAUGCUGAUCUUUUCCAAAACAGAUGACCCUAAGAAGAAUGGAGAAUGGGAAACGUACUUUAAAAACCUGCCACAGGCCCUGUCUUCUCUGCUAGUGCUGCUAACGACAGCCAAUAACCCCGACGUCAUGAUUCCAGCAUACUCUCUGAACCGUGGCUAUUCUAUAUUUUUUAUACUCUUUAGUGUGUUUGGAACGUAUUUGUUAAUGAAUUUAAUGACGGCUAUUAUUUAUAACCAGUUCAGGGGAUAUUUACUGAUGUCAGUUCAGACGUCUAUAAUCAGGAGGCGUCUGGGUAUUCGGGCUGCUUUUGAGGUGCUCUGCUGUCCAGGCCGAGGGCACACCAGCACUCAGUCUGAAGGCCAUGUGGAGCGAGUGGCGAUGAACAUGUUUCUGCAAGUCAUGGAGAGAGUUCACAUGAAGUUUUAUUGCAGGCAGGCUAUCAUUAAGGCUGCUCGGCAAUUCCCAGACGGCUUCAUUAAUGGAGAGGACUUCCAGAGGCUCUUUAAUGAGCUGGAUAAGGAUUUUAUGAAAGAGCACCCUCAAAAACCAGAGUAUAGCUCUUCUAUCCUACAGUCAAUCCAGAAUAUCUACAGUCACUUUUAUAUUACUGUUCUGGGGAAUGUUGUCGCUCUGGCAAAUGUCCUCUGCAUCUGUACCAUCUUAGUUCUGAAUUCAGAGAAAACUGUAUCAGAGAAAAAUAACUUCUAUAUGGAGAUCAUCAACUGUAUCUUCAUCCUGUACUACGUAAUAGAGAUGCUGCUGAAAAUAGUGGCUUUUGGUUGGAAAGGUUACCUGUCUUACAGGAAUAACAUCUUUGAUGGAUUCCUCACUGUUCUUCUUCUGACAAUUCAGAUCGCCAUAUUCAUCACGUACAGGAUUCCCUAUGAGGACGUAGAUCCGGUUUCACGACGUGUGAUGGCUUUGUGGGAAAUGGUGCGAUUGAUCAACAUGCUGAUCGUCUUCCGUUUCCUCCGAAUUAUUCCAGAAAUCAAGUUGAUGGCUGUUGUGGCCAGCACUCUUGUGGACCUGGUGAAAAACUUACGGGCAUUCGCUGGCAUUCUGUUGGUGGUGUACUAUGUGUAUGCCGUCCUUGGUAUCUGGCUUUUUCAGGGAGCUAUAACCCUUCCGUCAAACACAAGUCUAAUCUUAAAUGCCACCAUAGAGAACAAAACGGACGAUCCCUACAGCAUGAGUUGUGGCACUUUUGAACAGCUGGAGUACUGGCCAAACAAUUUUGAUGAUUUCGCUUCCUCUCUGGUUCUUCUCUAUAACAUCAUGGUGGUGAAUAACUGGCAUGUUUUCACGGAUGCAUACAUCAGAUACACUACAGAGUGGUCCUUGGUGUACUUCGUGGCUUGGUGGUUGACAUCUUCAGUCAUGUGGGUCAACCUGUUUGUGGCCCUCAUUUUGGAGAAUUUCACCUAUAAGUGGGACCGCAGUAAUGCUCUUUCUGUUGAAGAUGUGGAGAGAAUUGCCUAUCAAAGCACUGUACAGCUUAUUUUCAGAGAGCACGUUCAAGAGCCGACAGAAGAAGAGUUACUAGCUCAACUACAACAACAUCCUCAUCUGCACCUCUCCUGGUGACCCUAAGCUCACCCCCCUCACCUCCACCUCACAGGACGCCUUUAAUACAUAAUUACACCAAAACACCCAGAAUCCUCCAGGAUUCCAUCACAUCUGUGUAGGCCUCAUGUUUACAUAACCAUCCAUUUUGAGGGCCUGUUUCCCAUUAUAGGAUCUGUGUAGCUUCAGGUCGGCCUGGGAAAGGAUGUAUGUGUUUUUAGCAGAGCGUCACGCAAUUAAUGUUCGAAAGAAACUUCAAUUUAUAAAGAGGCUUCAGCUCAAAUCACUCCUGAAGUCCCAGAGUUCUUGUUUAAUGCUCGACAUCCUUUAAAUUAUAGUAGUGUUGAUGAUACUGUAUCCAGAAGAAUUUCUUCUUUGAGUCUGAAAGUCUUUUUUUUUUCUUUUUUCUUUUUUUUUUUUUUUGUUUGGAAAAAACAAACACAUUUUUGUUUUGCAUUUUAUAAAUUUCAUAUUUUAUUUAUUUUUAAGCCUGUUACAAUCCAAAAAAAACUAACUAUAGAUUGUUUUAAAAGUCAUGGAAACAAAGGGACAUGAAUCAUUACUGUAAAAUACUUUAUUUUUGCUGCGCUUUUAUUGAUUUGUAAAUUCUAGAUUUUUGACUGUUCCAUUAUGUUUGUUCAGUGUUUUUAUUUCUGUUAGAUUUCACUAUAUUUUUUUACAGAAAUCUUUGUGGGUGAAUUUCUGUAGAAGUAUUAUUUCACCCAAAAAAUGUAAAAUGAAAAGGAAAUUGAUUCUCAUUAGUGUAAUGUGAAAUGCAAUCAGAUUUUUUCUGCAUUUUGGGUGUAAUAUAAUGUCGAAUUGUAAAUUUCAGUGACCUUUGGGAAAAAUGUUCUGUUCAUGUCAGAUGGUGUUUUGCUGCAAUCUAUGCAUUUGACCGAAUAAGGGUAUAAAUGGUUUAAUUACACCACUACAUUCAUUGUGUUCUUUCUAUUUUGAGAACCUCCUGUUAAUUAAAUGACUUAAAUCUG